AUGAGCCGCACGCCCUGCCGGUCACAGUACAGUCAGAGCCAGAGGAUCGAUACCGGAUCGAGCUGACCAACUACACUUCAUUCAUUAAAUUCAUUAUUAUUAUUAUUAUUAUUAUUAUUAUUUUUUAAUUAAAAAAAAAAAAAAAAUUCUGACUCCGGGUUCAGGUCUGAUUGUGAUCCUUCACCUCCUGAACCUGAACCUGAAUCUGAAGGAUCCGGACCGGGAUCAGGACUAAUAUAAGGACUAGGACCCGGACCAGGUGGACCAGGGUCAGGAUGUCUCGGUCUGAGGAGGACUCGGACUGUGUUUGUUCCGUUGGGAUGAAGUUCACGUGGGACAUAAACGACCCCAAACUGCCGCAGGAUACGAAGCAGUUCGACCCAUUCCAGGAGUGGACGGACGGUUAUGUCCGCUACAUUUACAGCGCGGAGGAUAAAAAUGCCCAGAGACACCUGUCCGGUUGGGCAAUGAGGAACACCAACAACCACAACUGUCAAAUCCUGAAGAAGUCAUGUUUGGGUGUAGUGGUGUGCUCACGAGGCUGCACACUGCCGGACGGAUCCAGACUCCAGCUCCGACCCGCCAUCUGCGACAAGGCCCGGCAGAAACAACAGAAGAAACUGUGUCCGAGCUGUAAUGCUGCCCUGGAACUGCUGCCAUGUCGUGGCCACAGUGGUUAUCCGGUCACUAACUUCUGGAGGGUUGAUGGGAAGGCCAUGUUCUUCCAGGCCAAAGGCGUCCAUGACCAUCCCAGACCAGAAUCGAAAUCUGAGACUGAAGCCAGAAGAAGUUCAGUGAAGAGACGAGUCAGUUCACCUCCGUUCACACACAAAAGACGCCUCCUCGAAACUCAGGCUCUUGGCCCCGCCCUCCUGUCCUGCGUCGAGCCAGCUGAUAGGAUAUCCUUCAUUGAACCCAAUUUCCCACAGCAUUACCCAACAUUCCAGAGCUCGGAGCCUUACUACAACAAUCCACUGGCAGAUGCAUCACCCACGCUACAGAAACCACCUAAUCCCAGACUGUACAUGGGCCGACCCAGCUAUGACUUCCAAGGAUACCUGACCUCGCCCUCAUAUCCUGUGACCUCUGACCUGUGUGACCCCAGGGUGGCCCCGGUCCUUGGCUCCUCCACCUCCACCUCUUCAUCAUCCGCUCCUCUCUCCUCGUCCUCGUCUUCCUUUGAUCCACAGACAAAGCCUCCUCCCGGCUGGAAGGAGCUGCUGAAGAGCUCCCCCUACACAGAAAACCAGCACUAUUACAGUCCAGAGUACCCCUGUCGUUACCCGGGCAAUGCCCCAGGAUCACCCACCGCCCUGCAAACCAUCAUCACCACAACAACCAAAGUAUCUUAUCAGCCCUGUCCAAAGCCCCCGGCGGCACUGUCCUCCUACCAGACGUGUCCCAAACCUCCUACUGGUCUCCCCGCCUACCAGUCCUGUCCUCCACCCAAACCCAUGGGCCUUCCUGGCUGCUCCUCGCUGCUGGAUGACUCUUCAGCGUCGUCAUACUCCACGGAGGUCAAGGUGACAGAGGAGUCGGGUGGAGUCAUCAAGUCUCUGUCAUUUCAGCCUGAACCUCUGCAGACCAAGACAGAGCGGAAUGACAGCUAUGACUACCGCUACGCCUACCCCAACACCUACCGCUACAGUGACUACUGAUACACAUUCAGCGAACACACACAUCCAGCCAACACCUACCACUACGACGACUACUGAUGCACAUCCAGCCAACACCUACUUCUAUGACUACCAACCCAGCUGUUACAAUGACCACUGCCAAAACAGAUGCAGCCACAAACCAAACAACAUGAACUGAAGUCUUAAUUUGUUUUUUGAGCCAUGAAUCAACUAAAAUAUUUAAAAUGAUUGCUGUUUUUUUAUAAACCUGAGGGAUUUGGUGAUAUCUUUUGGACCAGUUGUAUUGUUUGUACAGUCUAAUGUGUUACACUGACCUCUGACCUCUGAUCUGGUCUGUGAACUGAAGAGAUCAAAUAUUAAAUGUUGCUGAAAUGGAA